ACAUUCUCUCUAAAACCUCACAUUCAUUUCCAAAGCAGCCCCUCUUUCAUCAGUCUCUGCUUUAUUUUCUUCUCUCUCUACAAAACAAAAAAAACUAAAACCCUUUGCACUUUCCACGCUGCCGCCAUGUCCGUUCUCAGCCAGCUGCGCUCCCUCGCGCCGCGGCGCAUCGGGCUCCUCUCGACCCGAGCCUACGGAUCGGCGGCUCAGCUCCAGUACGACUACAGCGAAGAGGAGGACUCCGAGGACGAGGGAGCGCCACGUCAACUUGGGAUGGCUGAGUCCGAAGGUUGGGGGUGGGUCCCAGAGAGAGGGGUGCAGUGGGUCCUCAUGGGAGACCGUGGAAUCAAGCGACACGUGUACGGCGAGAGGCUCUCGAAGCUUCUCGAAGUUCCUCACAUUUCCAUGGGCACCUUGGUCCGCCAAGAGCUCCACCCUCGCUCUUCUCUCUACAAACAGAUUGCAAAUGCAGUGAAUGAAGGGAAGCUUGUUCCGGAGGAGAUAAUUUUUGCCCUGUUGUCGAAAAGGCUCGAAGAAGGUUACUGCAGAGGCGAAACGGGGUUCAUUUUGGAUGGGAUUCCUCGAACAAGGAUGCAAGCUGAGAUUCUUGACCAAAUCGCUGAUAUCGAUUUAGUGGUGAAUUUCAAAUGCACAGAAGACAGCUUGUUGAAAAAAAAUCUACGAGCUGGAAACUUUUCUCAUCAUCGUGAUCAUCUAAGCAUGAGCAAUUAUCCUGGGUGUAAUCUAAAUCUGCAGUCACAGGACAAACAAUUAGAUUCCUCUUCUGCUGAUUCAGGAGCUACCUGGAAGGAAAAGUUCCAUCUAUAUUCAGAGGAGAGCAAGCCAUUGGAAGAUUACUAUAGGAAGCAGAAGAAACUUCUUGAUUUUCAUGUGGCAGCUGCACCUGGAGAAACCUGGCAAGGGCUGUUGGCUGCAUUACAGCUCCAGCAUAUCAAUGCUGUUAGUUCUUCACCAAAGUUGACCGCUUGAUUUGUUUUCAUCGGGUCUUUGGCUGCCCUCCUAUCCAUUUUGUUAUAUUAGUAUAUAUGAAUGAGAGAGAACCACAGAGAGUAUUGAAGCACUUUCGGAUGCAAAUAUUCCGAUUCAGUUUUGAAUUUUUGACGUUUUGAGUCUUUUUUUACCUACCUAGUGUUCAUGCAAUGUUUGUAAGUGUGAUGUAGUUCCGGUGAGAGAUGAAAAGCAGAGAAGAAUAUUGGCAUGUAUGACCGUUAUUUAUAUACUUAUUAAAAAUAUUCUUUUUUCGUUA